UGCAUUAAAGGAAAACUGCCGGCGAAGAAGUACUAUGUCCACAACAUUUUUUCAAACUUUAAGAAAACCGAAAAUAAGGCAGAUUUCAAUGGAAACCUCGAGGGCAAAAGGGUGAUUGACAUAGGGAGCGGACCUACGAUAUAUGCCAUAAUAAGUGCUAGCAGAUGCUUUGAAGAAAUAGUGCUGUCCGACAUCGCCGACGGGAAUCGCAGAGAGAUUGAGAAGUGGCUGAAGAACGAAAAGGGCUGUUUUAACUGGCGUCCCAUCAUACAGUUUGUCUGUGAGCUGGAAGGCAGAAGCAGGUCACCAGAAGAGGUGGAGCGGAGGCUGAGGAAGAUAGUGAAGCAGGUUCUGAGAUGUGACGUUCUGCUGGAGAACCCUUUCCACCCUCUGAAGGUGGAACCGGCGGACUGCGUGCUGUCUAGUCUGUGUCUGGAGGCGGCCUGCAAGGACCAGGGAACGUACCGCCGGGUCCUCAGGAGUAUAGCAGCGCUCCUGAACCCCGGGGGCGUGCUGGUGCUCCUCGGUGUCCUCGAUCAGUCGUACUACCGAGAGGGGAAGCAGACCUUCUCUACUCUGGCUCUCAGUCAGAGCGCGAUCGAGGAGAUGCUGACGGAUCAGGGCUUCACCAUCAAGCAGGUCGAAACCUUGCCUGCAACAGAAAAGCAAAAAAAGUCCUGUGAUGGCAACGCAUUUUUUUAUCUGUUCGCUCAGAAAAAAUAGCUGACUAUUAACCUGGGUCAGCCCCAGCGCACUUCCACAAGCUUCUCAGACUCCAAAAUACCUCUCCGUUCUGCUACGUCUGGACGUCUGGCGCCUCCCGCUCAUUGCAGCAGCACUUCCUGGUCAGGACUGGUGUCCGUUCUGGUCCCACAGUGGUGGAAUGACCUUCCUGUGGAGACUUCGAUAACAUUCAAGCGCAGACUGAAAACUCACCUUUUCAGGCUGCACCUUUCCACUCCCCUCCAUACCUCCCUGUAAUGUAAUGUAUGGUAUUUAUCACUGAUGUAUACUUAUUUCUUUCUAUUCUUCAUUAUUUUUUGUUACUUCUAGCACUUAUAAUACUUCCUUCUUCCUUCUGGUUUUGCACUUCGACAUACUUCGCUCUGGAUAAGAGCAUCUGCCAAAUGCAUGUAAUGUACUGUAUAAAUGGGCUGCAAAGCAAUACAACCACGGAACAUAUAAAGAAAAUGAAUCCGGUAUGUUUACACUGAAAAUUGAUUAAUCAUAUUAAAAGUUUCAGCAUUUGUCCA